AUGGGUUUUCGAUAUAAGCGGAAUAUCACUAUCGAAGACAAUGCUAUUACACCUGCAGUUCACUUGACAUUGCGACAGUCUUUACUACCAAAUGCAUUAGUUACUAUCCUGUUCUUCCUUUGGGGUUUUGGCUAUGGUCUGCUAGACACUUUGAAUUCUCACUUUCAAGCAACCCUCGGUAUCACUGCUAGUAAGUCUAGCUCUUUGCAGGCUUCGUACUUUGCUGCCUACUUCAUCUGCCCCUUGACUAUCUCGGGUUGGAUUGUUCGCAGAUAUGGAUUCAGAGUGACUUUCAUGACGGGUCUUGCCGUACUCGCGGUCGGGUGUCUGCUUUUCUGGCCCAGUGGUGUGAAGAGGUCAUUUGGGGGCUUCUGUGGUAGUAUGUUUGUUGUCGGAGCCGGAUUGUCUACACUGGAGACAGCGGCAGACCCAUUCCUCGCAAUAUGUGGUCCACCCAAGUAUAGCGAGAUUCGACUUAAUCUGGGACAAGCCGUGCAAGGCGUAGGGACCUUCAUCGCGCCCCUCUUAGCCUCUCGUGUCUUCUUCGCCAAUACGGUCGACACAAAUGCAGGAUUAAAGAACGUCCAAUGGACAUACCUGGGAGUAGCAUGCUUUGUAUUUCUGCUCAUCAUCCUCUUCUGGCUCGCUCCGUUCCCUGAGAUUACCGAUGCCGACCAAGAAGCGUUAGAAGGGCAGAUAGGUGACCAGCAUGAGGACAUAGGCCCGUUCCGAAAGCAAUAUACUCUAUUUUUGGGUGUCAUGAGCCAGUUCUGCUAUGUGGGAGCACAGGCCGCUGUUGCUGGGUACUUCAUCAACUUCUGCGAGGAGACUGGUCGUGACUCAUCUACAAGUUUGGCUGCCAUGACAACGACAGGUACCACAUCCGUUGCAAUGAUCAUUCUCGUCCUGUGCUUUGAGUCCCUCUGCUUUGCAACUAUAUUCACCUUGGCCCUUCGUGGCCUUGGACGCCAUACUAAGCGUGGUGGCUCCAUGCUGGUCGCAGCCAUCUCUGGUGGCAUGGUGUUUCCACCCAUGAUGGGUGCUGUUGUGACCAAGAAAGAUGCCCACACUGCUAUGGCUAUCCCUAUGAUGGGAUAUGUGCUCGCUUUGAUCUUCCCAAUCUAUGUCAAUAUAUAUAAGAGAGAUAUCAUGGACUUACAUCGAAGUACUGAAGUCAAUGUGACAGUCCCAGUGAGCAAGGAUGUAGCUCUAGAGGAAGGGUAUCCCGAGAAUCGAGACAAACCUACCUCCUCGAACAUCGAGACCAUUGAGAAAGUCACAGAAGACAGGGAAGAUCUCGGGGGCAGCGAGGUCAGGCAGCGAGGGGAAAUUUGA